AUGGCCGAUCAAACGCAGAAGGUAUAUAGGGCUUGGCCGAGUGACCCUCCCACAUACCACCAAGCGUGCUCAGGCUCGUCCAAUAUCACGCAAAGUCGGAAAUGGAACUAUUCUCUUUUCGACUGUUGUUCCCCAGGGACACUCUGUGAGUCUCUACGGGCCCAUGAACCCCAAGUGCGCCGGUCUAACAAGAUCCAGGUCUCACAAGCUGCUGUCUACCUUGCCUUACAUAUGGCAAAACACAAGCGAGAAUCACAGAUCCAAAGCUACAAAACUUUAGCUAUGUCAACGGCUCCCUUCGGUGCCGUGCAGUGGAUCAUGCAAACCAUCACUCGUGGUGAGAUGCGGCAACAAUAUGGCAUUGAGGGCUCUUGUUGUGGUGAUUGCUGCGUGUCGACAUUCUGCGGCUGCUGUGCUCUCAUUCAAGAGGAGAAGGAGGCAGAGCUUCGAUCUCGACCUGAGCUUGUUGGCUACCAGAAACCAGCAGGAAUGGCCAUUCCUUAA